AAUGAUUGGCCUUCGGAUGGUUUCAGUUUAGUCCAAGUGCAGUUCUAGCCAGAAUAUCACCCAAGAAUGCUCAAGCUUUUUGUGUUUUUUACUCUUCUGAGUGGGUGCCUGACCGCCACGGUUAUCUACCAUCACCCUCUGAUCUAUCAUCAUCCUCUGCCGGUUGCCUCCACGCCCCAGGAGUCCGCUCAACAUCCUGGCUACACCAUUGUGGCACCUCUUACCAAAAUAGCCCAUGUCACCUACGAUUCGGUGCCGGUUUCUCACACGCCCUAUGAACAUGUUCCGCUCUUCCAAAGGAUUGGUCAUGUGAAGCACAAGAGAUUCUAGAAAAGAUUAG